GUUACACACAGGCCUUAUGAGGAUAAGCCAUCCUGUAGUAGUUGUGUGUAUCAUCCUUGACAUCCAUCGACAUCGAAACGACCACGACGUGCCACGACCAUAACAUAACCUCCUUUGUAUUUUUAGCAUGGCAAAUUUCUUAAAAAUUGUUUUUGAGGAAACAUCGAAUCAGAAAAAUGUUGACAACUAUGAAUAUCGCAACAAACCAUUUUCUCAUAGCCCAGUGCAACAGGCAUUUAUCAAAAACUAUGAACUACUUACCCAAGGACCCGAUGUCAAGACAGUUUAUCAUGUAAAAUUAACUCUAAAGGAGCGCUCAUUUGAUUUCCUUCCUGGAGACGCAAUAGGCAUUUUGCCUGAAAAUGAUGAAAACGAAGUCAACGAGCUGCUAAUAAGGCUUGGAGUGGAAGAAAUUAGCCAUAAACCAUGUAAAUUGGAAAUUUUGGAAAACACAACUAAGAAAAACGCAACUGUGCCAAAAUAUUUACCAAAACACGAUAAUAUUUACAGCAUAUUUUUGAAAUAUAUUGACAUCAGAAGUGCACCCAAAAAGUUAUUCCUAAAAAGCCUUAUGAAAUAUACUAAAGAUCCUACAGAAAAGGAAAAACUUGAUUUUAUAUGUUCUCCUGCUGGCUCAAGUGAAUACACAACACUUUUGACACAAAACCGCAGCUUGUUAGCAUUACUAAAUUCAUUUCCUUCUUGCGAACCGCCUAUAGAAUUAAUAUUAGAGCAUUCCACAGCCCUAAAUCCAAGAUUUUUUUCAAUUGCUUCUUCUCCAUUAGACAAAAAUCUGUCCAUUGUAUUCAAUAUUUUAGUGCUAGAAAACGGCUUAAAAGGGGUUUGUACAGGUUGGCUUGAAAAGUGCAUUAACAGCGAACAAUGUAAAACAAUACCAAUUCCCAUAUAUUUUAGAAAACCUAGUAAUUUUCGCUUGAACAAUUUAGAUAAGAAAAUUGUAUUAGUGGCAACUGGUACAGGUUUAGCACCAUUUCUUGGUUAUUUACAACACAAAGUCAACAUUGGUGCUUCAGAAGAAACGUGGCUUUUUUAUGGUUGCAGAUAUUCCACAAGAGAUUUUUUAUUUGGAAGCAAAUUGGAAGUUUACAAAGAGAAUAAAACAUUAACUAAACUCUCUACAGCCUUUUCGAGAGAGGGAAAUACAAAGGAAUAUGUUCAAAAUAGAAUUUUUGAAAACAAAGAAGAUAUUGUUAAAGUUUUUGAUGAAGAGGCAAUUGUGUACGUGUGCGGUGACAAAAUUGUUGUAAAAGAUGUGAAGGAAAUUUUUGUACAGUGCUUUAUGGAAUGUAAAUGUAUCGAGAGGCCAAACGCUGAAAAGAUCUUGGAUGGUUUGGUGGAAAGUGGAAGGAUUGUGGUUGAUUCUUGGGUUUAAGAUUCUUUUUUAUCAUAAAUGAAGUAUUUUUUUGUUACAAAAUA